GCAAGACACGUUGUCAGUUGGCUGCUUGGGGUGAAUAGUGCAAGGAAGGAGGAUGAUAGGAUGAGCCGUUGAUACAUUGAUCCCAAGUACGAAGAGGCAUAUGAAUUGUGAAACCAUCGCUCGCUGUGUCGAUACGCACGCCUAGACACACACCCAUCCACAUAUCAUACGCACACGAAUGAGGGGCGUGAAUCAACGACCUACCACACCACCCACCACCCACCACCUGCCCAGCGCUCUCACGAUUGGUUCUCCCUCUCUUGUCUCUCGUGAAAUGAGUCGGACUUCUUGGUGACCAUAGCAGAAAGGUCCCUGAUGCUAAUUUCCAAAGGCUCGAGCAAGGCAGAAAAAGCAAUCACAUCAACUUGUACCCACUCAACUUCCCUAUCUUCCCAAACUGCAACGAACUUUUGCGCCCCGAUGUGGAAAAUUGAUCAAGUAAGAAAAAGACAAGACCACAAAGAGACCCAAACAACUUUGAACCCCACCAUCGACCUGCCUUGCCUCUGUGCCCUCUCGGACAGACCAAGAUUUUCCGAUUUUUCUAACAAUCAGAGGCAGAGAGCACUCGAUCAGCAAAUUCCCCAUCUGUACUUCUAAAACAAUUACCUUUCCUGUUUCUUAUUCUUGAGAUACCCUUUUUAUUUGGAAAAUUGCCGGUCCGUUGGUUGGCUGCGUGUAUCCGUCUAGAUCUCUCUUUCGGCCAUCUAGUCAAAAUUGGAGAUAUCAAUCCAGCCCAGCCCACAACGUCUUGACAAUCUCCCUUACCAUACACAGACAGAUCCCUUCCGCAACGCAUAGCAACAUUGAUCCUGCUCUUCUGGCCUCUUUGCUUAGUCAAAUGGGAGGAGGAGCGUAGUUGAGGAGAGUCUCAAUUCGGAAUCCACUGUGCACAUAAAGCACAAUUGAUAUUGAAACGCAGGAAAUAUAUUCCUCAUAUUUACGAUCUUUGAUUCUGAACGAAACACAAUUCGACACGAUAUCACAGAUAAAAAGUGCAUAUCUGCAGGCGGGAACCAUUCCCAUACAACCACCUUUUUUUCCUUGUGGGGAGAAGUACAUCAUACCUGCGGCUCUUCAGCGAUUGAUACGCAUGAUUAAUCUCAAGAUACGAACAUAAAAACAAUACCCAUAUCUCUUUCUACCACCAUUUCCUGGGUGGCGGACGAGUCCUCUUACAUAAUUCAUCAUGUUCUGGCGAUUCGGCGGAUAUGCCAACAUUUCUACCAUCGAUACCCUGCUCGACAAAGAAGAUGUUACCCUAGAGCAGUUGUUGGAUGAGAGCGAUCUCAUACAAGAACUAAAACAACACAACUCCAAGUUGAUUGAAUACUUACGGGAAGAUAAAAUCUUAGCAAGGCUCCUGGAAUAUGUUGUGGCUCCUAAACCGGAGACUAUCGCAUCAGAAGACGCCGGGGCAGAAUCGACAGAAAACUCAAGUUCACCAAACUCAAAGGGCAAAACUCGAUCAUUUUCACUUUCUCGCCAGUCCUUUGAAGAUGCCGACGAAGAAAAAGAGAAGAAACGAACUCGCUAUGCUUACGUUGCGGCCGAAGUCUUAUCCUCGGACAACUGGUCAAUCUGUGAGGCUUUGAUGGAGAACCAACCUCUGUUGCGCAAGUUUUGGGAGUUCUUGAAGCUUCCUGCGCCUUUGGAUCCUUUACAAGCCAGUUAUUUUACGAAAGUCAAUGAGGCUCUGUUAGAUAAAAAGACUGAGGAAAUGCUUGAAUUGCUAAAGUCGAUAGAAGGCACAGUUAAGAGUAUGCUUCAGCAUGUGGAUUCUCCUAUGAUUAUGGAUCUCCUUUUAAAAAUAAUUAGUUUGGAGAAAGCGGAAGGAGGUGCAGGAAUUGUUGAUUGGCUACAUUCGCAAGACUUGAUGCCAAUCCUUCUCUCUUUUCUAUCCUCCGAACACAGCUGGGCCACACAAACUUCAGCGGGUGAUUUUCUCAAGGCAAUUAUCACUAUCUCAGCAAAUGCGUCACAAAACGAGCAGUCGUGCAUAGGACCAAAUGAGCUCACUCGCCAACUUGUUUCUCAGGCAUGCAUUGAAAAGUUGAUCUCCGACAUGCUUAAGGGUGGAAAUCCGUUGACUGUUGGAGUCGGCAUUGUUAUUGAAGUCAUUCGGAAGAACAAUUCGGAUUAUGAUCCAGAGGUUGGAGCUGAGGCAAAUGCAGUACCAUCCAGCCGCGAUCCUAUAUAUCUCGGAACCCUUUUGCGAAUGUUUGCCAAACACGUCCCUGAUUUUAUGGAACUUAUCCUCAGUCCCAAUCAUACCGUUGGAGGAGGAGAUGGUCCUGUAACAAUACAAAGAAAGGAGCUGAGUGCUGCCUUUGGUGGUAAAAUUGAGCCCCUUGGAUUUGACAGAUUUAAGACUUGCGAGCUCAUGGCCGAACUUUUGCACUGCAGCAACAUGGGCUUGUUGAACGAAGUCGGCAGUGAAGAGUUUGUCAAGACGCGGGAUAUAGAGAGAGAACGAUUAAAGGCCGAGGGUAAACUGAAUCCAUCGUCAACUGCCCUAAUGUCCGAAGACGACCUCACAAUGAAAUCUUCAACACAAACACGACUAGGUUCUCCAGAUGGUUCUAGGAAACUGGAGGUUCAAAAUGCUUCCGAUGAUGAUGGAUUUGAAGAAGUUACGCAUGCAACAGAACUUGGUGAUGAUGCCAAGGACGAUUUUGAUGAGAAACAUGAACACGAAGAGACUUUACUUACUUCUACCCAACCGCCUGUUUCUUUCCUUGACAAGGAUGACGAGGAAUUUGUUGAUGAACCUUUGAGCUCGCCAAGACUACAACCGCUGUCCGAUGAGAAUACGUUACAUGAACCAGAGAUGGCUGUCCUUCCUCUUUCUCCAACCAAGGAACUUUCUCAACAAGUUGGCUCUUUAGGAUUUACUGACGAGGAUACGACUAUGACCUCCCCUCCUCCAUCUAUCGAUGCUACUGUCCUCGAUGAUACCGAAGACUCUUCUGAUGGUUCCCACAAACAUACCCCUGAGUCCUCAGAGGGCUCUCCCGAAAGCCAGAGUGUACCGAUGGAACCACCUACCGAAUCUUCAGUACCCACAGAAGAAGUUCCUCAUGCUGCAGAAGUCAUUCCACUUCCAGAAGAUACCCCUGCACCUUUGUUCUCCAAGAAAGCAGGAUCAACGGAAGAGACUGGCGAUACAUCAGCCGCCGUUCCUGGCGAUGGUAACAUGAGUCUUGACAACAUCGAUACUACUAUGCGCGAUGCUGGUGAAGGCAACAACUCCGUACUGAUGGGCAACACGGGGGAACCCUCUCAAGAUCAAACUUUGGAAACUACAGGUGCUCCUGUAGUUGGAGAUUAUCUCAAGAUGCAAUUUGUUGAACAUAAAGUUGUGCCAACUAUCUUAGAUUUCUUCUUUCGAUUUCCUUGGAAUAACUUCUUACAUAAUGUCGUAUAUGACGUUGUACAACAAGUAUUUAAUGGACCUAUGGAUCGUGGAUACAAUCGAUCACUUGCGAUCGACCUCUUCGAGACUGGAGACAUCACAAUGAGAAUCGUUGAUGGGCAAAAGAAGAGCGACGAGGCACAAGAAAAGAACAAGAUGCGACUUGGUUACAUGGGCCAUCUUACACUCAUCGCCGAGGAGGUUGUGAAAUUUACAGAGCGACAUCCUCCCGAGCUCCUAUCUGACUCUGUGUUGGAGAGAGUCAUGAACGGUGAUUGGAUCCCGUAUGUGGAGGUCACUCUGGCAGAAACUCGGGAACGGGAUAAUGCAAUUCUCGGGGGCGUUAGACCAGAUAUGGCAGUUGGUCCACGACAAGCAGUCAUGAAUGCGGUGAACGCAGCCAACAAUUUCGGAAACGCAUCGUCUGCUCUCGCCGACGCAGGCCUUAAUGGGUCAACAGGUCUCGACAGCGUUGAACUCGCUAACAACAAUGGGACUGGCAACAACUUCAUCACUGGGGGUACAUUACUGAGCGGCUUUGGAAGUUCCAGUGAUGAAGAAGACGACGAAAUGGAUGAAGAUAAUGACGAGGAAGGAAAGAAUAGUGGUGGUACAUCGGCAGAAUUUUCUCGCUAUAUUACCACACCUUCGACUACAACAUCUACCUCGGAUCUCUCACCUCCUUCGGCACCACCGCCACCGCCACCUCCGCUCAAUAUUCCACCAAGCCGCGCUAGAAGACAAUUGGCUGCUAGAUUGGCGCUGCAUAGCAAGCAGAAAUUGGUGAACGGGGAGAAAGUUGAAGGCGAGGAAAGGGAGUCGAAGGGAAUAAACCCCUUUCAGGUAGAGGGCGAAGACGAUGAGGAGGGAAGCAGUGAUGAUGAUGAAGGUGGCUUUGGGAGAAGUGGGUUUGAGGAUAACUUUGACAAUGAUGAUGGGGUGGGGGUUAGUAUAACAAGGGAAGCGAAGAGGAGAACGAGUUUAGAGGAUGAGGAUGAAUAUGAUGGUAGGGCCGGUAUUGGUGGGGUCGGGGCUGAAGACGAUGAGGUUGUGCAUGUGGGAAUGGUAGAGGAAGAGGGUGAAGGGGGAAUCGAGAGUGAAGCUGGAAGCGGAAGUGCGAGUAAAGGUUCAAAGGAAGAUACGAGGUUAAAGGCUGAGGAAGUGGAUGAUGGAGAGUUGGUGCAUGUUCAGCACGCCGAAAUGCAGGAAGGAAGUAAGAAAGAGUAGACUCCAUAUGAAUUGGAUUGAUUGAAUGGACGGCUGCGGUGCAUGGAUGGCGGAUGUCUGAUGAAUGCAUGAGUGGAUGAGAUAUUUGUACGAUAUUAUGCGAGAUUACGAUCAGUACGGGUUACGGAGGUGGCAUUACGCAGCGAGUUUCUCUUUUGCUAUAAUUGAUUUGGGUGAGAUGAUGAGAUCAGAUGAUGACGUGAACUAAGAGAGCUUAGGAUAGGGACAUUUGAUGAAUAGGAAAUGAAGCACGGAGGAUGAGAGGCGUGUAUAGAUAGUUAUUUGUAUGGAUGAUUGAUUACGUUUACCAAAUCGAGUGAGAGUUUUGGGAAAGAAAUAUUAACAAGUCAACGGCACGUCUAGUUCUGCUAGUAAUACGAGAUGCUAGUUGUCUAUGAGUAAAAAUAUAGGAUGCGGGAUCA